AUGCAUUAUAAAAUCGAAAGAACCCUGCCAUAUCCUCAACGACGAAUGAGAAAAUACUUUGGUUCGCUAUACCCUGCAUGUCCUCAGCAGGCGGCAUCGUCAAGAUGGACGACAAGGCGGCUCGACUGCAUCGCAGAUAAACGAAGACAGUUCCACAUGAGGAACCUCUUUUUCGCAUACAAAUCUUUUGAACUCAUUAAAGAAAGGCGCACUAAUAUGGGUCGUCGAGCAUUGACCGCACAGGAAAAAGCGGAACGGCAGAGGCAACGGCAGGAAGCACUCCAUGCGAAACAGACACUGCGACUUGUUCGGGAGCAUGCUCUGGAUCCACAUCUACGCGUGAUCGUUGAUCGUGCACUGCCUAUAUCAUCCGCGUCACAGACCAUUGCAGCUACUAUAGGUUCGUUCGGGUCCAAUCGACCGUACGCGAACGAAGAUCACAGUCCUGUGGAUCCGCCAGCGCGAGAAAGGCACGCAACUUCAACGCCUUCUGAACUGCCAAGUCGUCCGGGGCCAUCGACCGUACAGCGAGACGAAGGAUCCCACAGUUCGCCGUUGAUUGCCAAGCUCUCCGCCCUUGAUAUAAGGGGUGAUGCUUCGACACGGCCAAACGCUGCGACUCACGGUCCAACCGACCUCAGGCCCGUCCCAGUACUGCCACCUAUUUUACAAAAUGACGAGCACGAUCAUAGUCAUUAUGAUGCCCAAAAUCCUCCGUUCGAUGCCGAUACCGAAGUCUCCAUAUCCGAGGAUUGUUCCGCAGCAAAAUCGGUAAACCCAGUAUUGUCGUCGUCCAGUCCGAUGCAUCAAUAUGAGUAUCCCGUUUCCGAAUUGGCAAGUCCCUCUUCACAAAGGCCAAAUGCACGAGCCUGGUUCACGUCAUCAUCGGCUCCGUCAGCUACUGACCCCCACGACCCGGAGACGUCAGAAAGCGCGGACUUUCUACGCAUACAGAGCGGCGUGUAUGAAAAAGUAUUUCGGUCAUUCUUUGCUCGUGAAUGCGAGUGUCCACGUUCAUGCAAGAUUGCCGAGCCCGAACGCGCUCAUACACUUCAAGAAAGAACCGAGUACAUUCAGCGUUCUCUUCCGCCCUUACACUCUGUCUUCGAUGACCUUGGGGCGCAGACACGUAACCCUCACGGCUCCUUUUCCAGAUGGGAGAGCUUCCUCUCCGACCAACCAUCAGAGCCGCUUUCCUUCCGCAAGACACAGGCUUCCCUCACCCCAGAAUCAGUGACUAUUACGCGCCAGUGGGACGUUGACAGUAUCUGGUUUGGGGCCAAAACUCUUUCAGCCAUCCGGCCUCCCAACCAGUUCCGCUUGUCAUUCUUCCCGUCACAUAAGAGCAACAUCUCCACCAAUCAAAUCAUUCAACCUCAUGGUCUAGAUCUGGCACAUACGCGGCAUACUUCCACCGGGUCAUUCUCCUCCGGCAACGUCCGCUUCAACGUAAUUGUGUUUUUCCCUAAUGGAAGUCGCUCACCUGCACCGGCUUCUAUGAAUAGUCUUUCUCUAGAUCGAUUCAGAGAUUUGUAUGACGAUAUCAUCAUACCGGCGGCCUAUGAAACAUUACCAGACCACGCUCAGCAGGAGAUUCCUAGUUCAUAUGACCUUAUUUAUGCAAAAUCUCGUGCCUACCAGGAGAAUCCGGGAGCUGGUCGUUGGGUCGCCGAUGACGAGAGCCGAACCUUUCGCCUAGCCUAUAGUGUCCCUGCCGAAUUUCUUUCACGGUUCUGGGCGUCAGUCGUGCAGAAAGCGAACCUUCAUCGGAUUGAAACGCGUCGAGGAGAGACAGUCGCUUAUUACCAGAAUCCCCGCCUACUUUUCCAGGCUCACGACCUGAAGAACGUAUUUGCACGACCGAACCUUCAAGAGAGUCUAGUUUUGUUCCGAGACAACAUUUUGGCUGGCCUCGACCCGGAACAACUUGCUUUACAAUCAUGCUGGCUCGAUGUGGGGAUGCGUGACCAUGUUAGCAGACAGCGUCAUGGCCAGACACUAUCGCAGAAUGACCAGCAAAGUCACCAUGAGCCCUGGACACUGCUCUGGAAAAGCGCCUGUUGUCGUCACCUUCAUGGACGACUUAGUGCUAUAGCGCCGGAGGCCCCCCUAGAUGCCAAGUACUACCGCUCCUCUCUUCUCCGGGACGCUGGUAUUUACUACGCCAAGGCGAAAUCGACCAAGUCGUCAGGCCCAGGUCAUCCAGAGUUCAAGUCACCCGGCAUCAUCCGCGCAAAGGCCUAUAACUGCAAGAAAGAGCUCUUUGGGGUUAUGUUCAAUGACUAUAAACUCUUCAGUUCAGGUUCUUUGCCACUCCUUGCCUUUGAUGAAGGAAUGUUCAACGACUUAGCUGGCAUGAAUCAGAAUCGCCAGCGUGCAUUCACGCCUCAGCUCAGUCGCUCCCAUAUAAAGCGCGCUUGGGAGGCAAACAAGCGGCAUCUAAGGGCCAUAUCAUCUGCUCGACGGUAUCCCAAUUUCGGAAUCCGUAAAGAAGUCACAUUCCGACUCAACGUCAUCCUUGCCAUGUUGGCCGACGGUGCAUUUCAGCCUGGCCAGGCUACCCAUACUGGUCCUAUGAUACAGGAGAUCAUGCUCGAUCCUACAUCUGAUACCCAGCACUACCCCUUCUGGAUAGUACCUACUCGUAUGAUGAAUGAUUUUGUUUCCACACAAGCUGCACGAUUCAUUCUCCCUCUCGACGACAUAUUCCAAGAGGCAACAAGUAAAGCGGCUGAGCGCUAUUCUUCUUCUUCGCUCAAUCCUAUCCGACAGAUACUCGCCUUUUAUACUGCCCAACUCUUUUGUCGUCUACUUAUUUAUGCUCUUAGCGAUGAAGAUGAGGAGCAGCAUUUCGACAACUGGAUAUGGAAAUCUGUUUGGUCGUCACAUCGAUUGGCAGCACGGUCAUCUCUCGCUUGA